AUGAGCUCAAUGGAAGAGAAGUCAUUUCAUAGGGAAAGCCCGAUAAAGGCUGUUGUGGGGGAAAGCAAGACCAUUUUCUAUGUCCAUCCCGGUGCUCUGAUCCAAGGCACAUAUGCGUUGACCGCCAGGGUGACUGGGUCGUGGAAAACUGCCGGACAAGACUCAUUGGACUGGUCCGAUUUCGAUGAAGAAACUAUCCAUUGUGCCCUGAAGUUUUGCUAUGAUCAGAAUUACACUGUCCCACGGGGAUCGAAUUCGAGCAAAGGGGUACCAGCGAGACAAGAACCGGAACAGUCAUCUGCCGAACACAAUGCUCGGUCCGAGUCUUCACUGAUUCCUCCAAGCCACAUGGGGGAUGCUAUGGUUCUGCAUGCGAAGGUCUACUCAUUCGCUCAUCGUUAUCUUGUGAGGGACCUGCAACACUAUGCCCUUGUUCAAAUGAAGGGUUGUUUUGGGCCUUUUCUCAAAGAGUACAAUAGGCCAAGGAGUGUCUAUCUGGCAGAUACAAUUCGGAUUAUCUAUGGCUGUACCCCCCGGUCCGACGCCACCAUGAUGGAUCCUGCUCGCUAUGCGAUGCGAUUUUGUCGCCACCUCCCAUAA